AUGCCGCGACGACGCUCGCGCGCGACGAAAACGUCGACGAUGAUCAUCGCCGUCGCGUGCGCGGCCGCGGGAACGAGCGCGGCGAAGACGAGCGACGACGCCAACCGCGCGCCGAUGCGCGGGGGCAGGCACGAGCGCGCGUUUCAAGACUUCUUAAACCGCUACGGAAAGGUGUACUGCGACGGGGGGAGCACAAAGGCGGUGUGUAAGACGUCGUUACGUCGUCAGGAGGUGUACUUCGCGAACAUGGUGAUGUACGAGAAACACAACUCGAACGAGCGCGCGUCGUACAGGGUGCGGGAGACGAAAUUCAGCGACCUCACCGAGGAGGAGUUCGCGCAGAGAUGGCUCACGUACACACCCGUCAAGUCGCUUGACACGGCGCUUGGGCUUGGGCUGGACAUCGAUGAACCGUCGGAGUCCACGCUCGGGGGGGCGGAGGGCGAGACGGGGCUUGGGGAGACGAAGGGGAAGUUCGCGCGGCGCGCGAGGUGGUCGCGACAGCAGCGCGAGAGGGCGCGAGCGAACCUUCGAGCGCAGGAGAACAGACAAGGACAACCGGACACGGCAGUUGAGGGUGCUUCCGAUGCGAGCGGUGGUUUGGGUGCGACGGGUGAGCCGCCGAAGGGCUACCCGGAGCAAUUCACUUGGCGCUCACCUCCCGCCGGUUACGGUAACGUCGUCGGUCUGGUGCACGACCAACAGGAUAUGUGCGCGUCGUGCUGGGCCUUCGUCACCGCUGAUUCCAUCGCGAGUCGCAUCGCGGUCAUUAACAAGGGCGAUGAUGCCCCUCGAUUGAGCGUGAAGCAGCUCAUGGCCUGCGACGACAUCGAUCACGCGUGCUCCACGGGAAAUAUGUACACGGCGUACGAGUGGCUCGGACAGCAUGGAGGCAUCAGCACCAUGGAAGACUACAAUGAGAAGGUCCCGGGUGAGCGCGAGGACGACCCCGAAGCGCAGUGCGCCGCGGAAGCGGAGCACAAAUAUAACACGCCCGCCAUGUGCGAUUUGGAGCAGGUCCUGGGUGAGGAACCACUGUACAGGGCGAUCUACGAGCGCGGGCCGGUGGCGGUAGGCAUCAACGCGAAUAGACUGCAAGCUUACGAUGAUGGUGUCAUCAUGAUGGAUGAUUGCCAUCCGCUUGGUCGCGGAAUCUCGUCAAUCAAUCACGCUGUGCUCGUCGUCGGCUGGGGAGUCACGAAGGAUGGCAUCAAGUAUUGGGAGCUCAAGAAUUCCUACGGACCCAAAUGGGGGGACCAAGGUUUCUUCAAGCUCGAGCGCGGUCGUAUCGGUGCGCAUGGUUUCGGUACGUGCGGUCUUCUGUUCGAAUCCGUGUACCCAAUCGUGACUACGGGCAAAUCGGCGCCGUCCACUGACGCCCCGUGCGUCGAGGGUUCUGUGCAAAAGGUAUCAUACUACCGCAAUGAAACGCUGAACCCGGGCGCGGGGCUUGGUGAUGAUACCGAUAUCAAUCAGGACAACAUGGGUGCCGCAAUGACCCCGAAAUCCGAUUCGGCAAAGCUCGCUCUGAAUGUGGAGCCACGCGACAAGGACGUCGCUCCGCUGAGCCACGUGAAAAACAUGAAAGCUGACAAGGGUGCGAAGCGACGCGGCGAAUACCAUGCGAUCAUGGCGUCUCUCGGAAACGCGCAAACUUCCACUGGACGCUCCAAUCUCGACAUCAACAUCAUUGCGCCGCUGGGAGCGUGCGUGGCUCUCAUCAUCGCCGUGGUUGUCGCCGCACGUCGCCAAGUCAUCGAGUCCCACGAAGAGUCCGCGGCUCUCCUCGCCGAGAACGUCCCACACGGCUCGACCUUGGUCUGA